CGACCAGAUAUAGCUGUCUGAUAUUGAUGUGGAUUAUUUUAUCUGGAAUAGACGAUCUUGCAAAUGGUCUUAGCGGUGCGAAGAUAAGCACCGGGCCUGUUUCUACAGUGUCCCUGCCAGUGUUUCGAUGUUCCCAGGUCACCGGCAAUUCUCACGACCGGCCGCGGCUUUGAUUGACAUUUGCAAUACUUCUCAAAGAUAUGUAAGAAGUCGCCUAUCAUUCCCGCCUCCCCACCAUGUCAUCUGUCCCCAACAAACAUCUACACGACGAACUCGCUGCUAACACCGCCAGGGUUACAGCAACAACCAAGUUUGGAAGCGUCACUGGCGGAAGAGCAAGCAAUGGAGCUGCUGUAUGGCUAGAAGUGCCUUUCGCCUUGCUUCCUACCCGGUUUGCCGAUCCGGUCCCCUUACCCGACGGAUGGAAAUACGAGGAAGGAAAGGAAUACUUGACGGAGUCGAAAUUUGCUGCGCAACCCAUAAACAACGGACAGCGAGGAGAUACUCCGCAGGAGGACGUAGUGGGCUUCGGGAAUCCCACGGAAGACCCUCUCUUCGUGACCAUCGUAGCACCUCCCUCUUUUCCUGCAAAACGCGGCUUCCCAGUCAAAAUUUAUGUCCACGGAGGAUUUCUACAAUUUGGCUCCCCACAUGGCUUGAAAAAUCAAAACCAGUUCAUCUCUGCUGAACGCUCCGAGGUCUGGGUCAACAUGGGUUAUCGAGUUUCUGCGUUUGGAUUCCUAGCGUGUGAAGCUCCUGGUAUUGACCUGAAGGGGAAUUAUGGCUUCAAAGACCAGUGGCUAGCGAUCCAGUGGGUCAAAGACAAUAUCGAGGCGUUUGGAGGUGACCCAAACGACAUUCAGAUUUCAGGUCUUUCUGCGGGAGCACAUUCUGUGCAUCAAAUCCUUCAUUAUGCUUCCCAUCUUCCCAAAGGAGUCGAUGCGCCGUUCCAUUCCGCUAUCAUUCAGUCCAACGGCAUCAUUACUACCCCCAAGACCCCAGCUCAAUUACGGCCCCAAUUUGACGCGCUGUGUCGUGCAUUAGGUCUCGACCCUAAAGACCCCGACAUCUUGACAACCCUCCGUGACCCAUCCAAGGUCUCCACUGAGCAGAUAUGCCAUGUCAUCGAAACAGACACUGUCGGCGUGGAAUUUGGCACAUUCCGUGGAUGUGUCGAUAAUGACUGGAUGCUCUCGACGCCUGACACGAUGGAAUGGCAGCGUUCCGGCGGAUUUGCCGCCGCGUUGAAGGAGAAGGGUGUCAAAUGUGUCGUUGUUGGAGAAACGAGCGAGGAGUGGUAUCUCUACUCGAUCGCACAUCCUGUGAAGACUUUGGUUGACGUCCAGAAGAAUCUCGAGCGAUAUUACGACACCAAGAUGGUGGAAGAUAUGUUGCGCAUGUAUCCUCCUCCCCGGAAGGAGCAGGAGGUACAGAAGUAUUAUGGAGAAAUCUUCAGUGACUGGCAGGUUUAUUUGCCUGUGAGGAUUCUGGCGAGAGAUUUGCUGAACUCUGGGUAUCCUGUGCUGAGGUACCAAGUACUGUGGGUACCAGAGCAGUGCAAGAAUAAGGGUUAUGUCACGCAUGGUGUUGACAGGGUAUAUUGGGCGUUUCGCCUACCGAUGCUGUACGGAGAAGAGGAUGUUAUGAUCGCUCGGAAAUGGCUAGAUACCAUAUUUGGAGAGAUCAAUACGCUGCAGCAGGAAGGGAAGAGUACACACGGACCCAGGGAAGUGUUGGCUCUGAAAGACGAUAAGACGAUAGGAUGGAUUGAGGACGCAGUCUGGGAAGAGAAGAUGCGACUGCGGGAAAUUUUGUCUGAAAGUUCGUAACGACCAUCACUAUCCAUCACAGCUGUACACCAGAAUGUUGUUUUAAUCACUUGCUUUCGACGCCGGUGG